UCAGGUUUCUUUUUGAUAUACUUAAUCAACUUGACAGCAAAUUUUGCAAUUAUGGCUGUCACCAUUUUAGAUCUCAGACUCCAUACACCCAUGUAUUUCUUCUUGUGGAACUUGGCUUUCCUUGACAUCUGUUACUCGUCAGUGGUUGUCCCCAAAAUGCUCUCAGAUCUUCUGUCUAAGAAGAAGAUGAUCUCAUUUUGUGGUUGCAUUUUACAGGUACAUUUCUUCCAUUUCUUGGGUAGUACAGAAGUCAUACUAUUUUCAGUUAUGUCCUAUGACAGAUAUGUUGCUAUUGCACAACCUUUGAGAUAUUCAACCAUUAUGAAUCCUAAUGUCUGUCUAUGUUUGGCUUCAUGUUCCUGGGUUACUGGAUUUCUACAUUCAUUGCUUCACACCAUAAUGACUGCAAGGCUUCCAUUUUGUGGACCAAAAAUAGUGAAACAUUUCUUUUGUGAUAUCAAGCCUAUGCUAAAGUUGGCCUGUGUUGACACAUCUCUUAAUCUACACCUUAUUACAAGGGUCACUGGUACAUUGACAACAACAACCUUAAUGCUAACUAUCCUUUCCUAUAUCUUCAUUAGCAGAUUUCUUUUAAAAAUAAGGACUUCACAAGGACGAAAACGUGCACUGUCUACAUGUAGUGCUCACCUUUGUGUAGUUUGUCUCCAAUAUGGAACAGCCAUUUUCACCUACAUACGCCCUUCUUCGAAAGAUUCUUUAGAUCAAGACAGAGCUGCUGCAGUUCUCUUCACAGUUUUUACCCCAGCACUAAACCCACUUAUAUAUACUUUAAGAAACAAAGAUAUGAAGAAAGCUUUGAAGAAGCUGUUGUAUGACCAGUCACUGCCCUUGAAUGCCAGCUUAUCAUUACAGCCCUAUCGCUGUUAUUGUAUCUUGUGA